AUGGCAGAGGCUAUCGGCGCCGCCUCUGGGCUCCUAACGUUAUCGACCUUUGCCUUUGACGCCAGCAUAAAAUUAUACACCACCGUGAAGGGCUACCAGUCGCAUCCAAAGCAAGUGCGCGAUCUCUUAGAUGAACUCCAGGCCCUGACGGAUGUUCUGGGGCCGCUUACGGAUACCGUCAGUGCGAAUAUUGAUGUGGAUCUCUCUGCUCUUAAGUUUCCUCUAUUGCAGUGUGGUAAUGCCUGCGCGGAGCUCGAGAAGGAAAUUAAUAAAUGCUUACCCAAGCCGGACAGUGGCAAGACGAGCCUUCGAGGGUGGCUGAGGCUAAGAUAUAUGGGCGACGACAUUAAUGGGUUUAGAGGGUUGAUCUCAGGGUACAAGCUGACCAUCAGCAUUGCCCUUGCCGAUGCACAUCUUCGCACGUCAUCCAUUACCGCCGAGAGCAUCAAAGCCCACGAGCAGCUUGUCAAGACCGCCAAAGACGAUCUCGGGGCCCAUCUAGAAAGUCUGGAUGAAAAGAUGGAGCUCAUCCUGGAGAGGACAACAGAAGAUCCCAACUCAGACGAGACUGAACUGCAGAGACUAAAAGACGAGCGGUUGAGCACAGAGAAAUGCCUCGAAAUCUGCACCCAGCUCUCCCAACACAUCGGUGAAAUUGCUAUCCUGAAGAAUCGCAACGGCUCCUCUGCAUCAGAAGAUGACCCAACCGCCUUCCCCGAACGGGUUAUCGGCGAAGGGCUGCAAGAAUGCCAGGAUAGUCUCAAUACCACGGCGGCCAAGUUGGGCGAGCAUAUGAACUCCGUAUGGGAGCGGCUGCUGGCGAAAUCAAAGACGGUUCUCACCUCCGAGGAGGAGAUUGAGGAGCUAUCCAAGUUGAAGGACCAGUGGGAGACAACCCGGCAAUGCAUCGACAUCUGCUCGAAAGCGGAUCGGCGCAUGCGAGAAAAUGUCAGUAAUGUCGUCAACCAUUCCACGGGCGACGCUGUACAGUUCAUGGUCUCCACCGAUGGCAACAUCAUUAAUGGGACCAACAAGGGCCUCGGAUGGAGGUCGAGGCAGGUGGGAGGCCAUCUCAAUGAUGCUACAGUACAACAAAUUUCGCGCGACUUUGCAAGUGUCUACCUUCGGCAUCCUGAAAAUACAACAGCAGCACCCCAUACGACAUCCCCUGUGCAGAAUCCGGAUGAGUCUUCGUAUGAAUUCACUCAGCGAUAUGGACGGGGUAGCAAACUUUCUCCUAAAUCGACACUCCAGGGAUCCAUGGCGUCUGCUGGACUGGCGGAAGCCAGCCAUAACAGCCCGCAAGUAAGAGGAGGCACUUGA